CUUGUUGCUGGUGCGAUUGUCGUGUCCAGUCGGGACGCUUGGGACAAUGCUGUGGCUCGGACACAAUCACGUGCCGAAGAACUGGGUCUUCGUGUGGUCAGUGACGACGUGAUCGGAGCGUUGACUGGCAAAUCCGGAUUGUCUGAGACGCAGCUAACUGAUAUCCUAAAGAAACACACCAUUUCAACAUGGACGGUGAAGGUGAGUCGUUUCUUUCUCCUCGAAUGGUCACAUGAUACUUCCACUCCACUUCUAUUAUCGAUUUUGUUCUCAAUUCUUAUUCGGGUUUUCUCUCUGAUUCUCCAACCCACUACACAGAAAAAGUUCGAAGAGUCAGCGAGUAAGUCUCAUCACCCCAGCCCUCAAAAUCUGGUGGCUUUAUUUUUUUUUCUUUUUUUCCGAAGAUUACUUCAGUUUGUUUGUCCAUUGAGUUAA